AUGACCUCAGGCCAAGAACAUAGCCCUCCAAAUCAGCACUACGCGGUGGAUACAACGAUAUGGCUCGGUCGGAAAUUGGGCAUCUCCGUUCGAACGAUGGCGGCCAAGUCGGAAUCUGCCAACAUGCAUCCCACUGAUCGAAAGAUGGCAGUGCAGCUGUGCAGUGCUAUGACCUGGUGCCGAGCGUCACGGCACGUCAUUCUGGAGCCCAUCUGA